AUGGAUGCUCGUGCCUACAGAAGCACACAAGACUUCAAGCAGCAACAAUUUCCGUUGAUUGUGACUCCUUCGACAACAAUAAAAGACUUGCAGCGUUUCCUAGUGGAUCAAUGGGUUCUUUCCAAGAACCUGCUUGUAAAAUUUUCACUCUCUGAUCACUUUUUCACUCUUAAAGGCCAAAUAUUACGUCUGGAUGGGACGCUAGAUAGUUCUUAUAUUCAUAACGACGACACUAUUUACCUACGCUUUGUAUCAUUGGGAAGAAUAUGCGAUCCAUGGGCCAUGUCGACAAGCGAAUUGCGUGUCGAGCUAAAAGCUCGAAAUGCAUACGAAGUCAACUUACAACCCGAAGAGUUAAUGCAGCGAUUGCAAAACUUUAAAAUGGAAGAAAGUCGACUGGGACGGCUUCAACAAGCUACCAGGAAGGAGGAAACUGAGCGUGUAGAAACAAUCGCAAAAGAAAGUGUGGACUUGCACUUGCAUCGCAAGCAAAACAACAUGAAUUUGACACCAAGCGAGAAAACAGUCGUGCGUCCUACGUCAUUUGCAUCGUGGCCAAUCGAUCCAUGUGUCAAUCGUACAGUCUUUUUGUCCAUCACUGAAUUGGAACGCACGUAUCACCUCGUACCUCGCGAUGUUUUAGAGUCUGCGUUGUUCAUCUUCGAUACGGAGCGAAUGUGGGUAUUUGACAAACACAAUACUUUGCAGAAACAGCAAUUUGACUAUCACUACAUGUGCUUCGAGCAAGAUUUUCUUGAAAUGUUAAUAAUGAAGGAAGAAGCUGGUUUGAUACAUUGGUUUCGGCCCCAGAAGUGCUUUAAAAUGUUAUCUGCGUUCCUCACAGCUAUCUCUGAUCCUGCUACUGAAGGGAAAAAUUACCAGCCUUUGAUACUAGCGAAGAACAAAUGGCUAACUUUGUGCGGUAACAAUGGGUGGGAAGGCAAAGUUCGAUGCGAUGGACGCAAGCGCGACUCGAAACAUAAGCCAAAAUUUACACAAAGUAUUGCACGCGUAGUUUCAAAUUACUGUCAAAUAGUUUUGAUUAUGUAG